UUCAAGGAGUACCUUUUCAGGCAGAACCCGCCAGCUUUCACCAUGAAGCUGGGGCAACAUCUCUUUGUUUGUGUCGUGCUGCUACUUUGUGUGACAGAGAGCACAAAUGGAGGGAACAUUCUGGUGUGGUACACUGAAGGAAGCCACUGGAUUAACAUGAAGCCUGUGCUGGAGUCGCUGAUCGACAGGGGACACCAGGUGACGGUUCUGGUCCCGAGCACAUCAAUGUUCAUGAACACCAGUGAGUCUUCUCGCUUUGGCCAUGAACCCUUCAACGUCUCUGUCUCAAUGGAGACCAUAAAAGAGUUUUAUGAGGAUUAUAUUCACUUCUCCAUGUAUGAGAUUGAUCAUAUGAGCUACUUGAAGAUGUACAUCAGACACAUGGAUAUCACAAAGGAGUACCUGCAGAUUUCUUUGAAGUUUUUGGAUGGCGUGGUGAAAUCAGAGACCAUCAUGAAGAAGCUGAAGGAGGGAAAAUAUGACCUUCUCCUGGCUGACCCCAUCUAUCCCGGUAGUGACUUAGUAGCAGAUAUUUUGGGCAUCCCCCUGGUCCUCUCCGUGCGAUUUUCCCUUGCUCAUAACUGGGAGAGACAUUGUGGUCAGCUACCCACUCCUCCUUCCUUUGUCCCUGCCGCUAUGAGCAAACUGACUGACAAGAUGAAUUUCUCAAGGAGAGUGUGGAACCUCCUCUUCUACGCACUGCAUGAUGCUGUGACCAAUAAUGUUUUGUGGAAAGAAUUAGAUAAAUAUUACUCUGAUGUCAAAGGAAAACCCACCAGCACCUGUGAGAUGUUGGGUAGAGCAGACAUCUGGUUGAUGCGAACCUACUGGGACUUUGAUUUCCCUCGUCCUUUUCUCCCUAACUUCAAAUUCGUCGGUGGGAUCCACUGCAGACCUGCUAAACCUUUACCAGAGGAUAUGGAAGAGUUUGUGCAGAGUUCUGGAGAUGCUGGCAUUGUGGUCUUUAGUUUGGGAUCAUUCAUCAAGAACAUCACCACAGAUAAGGGAAACAUGAUAGCCUCAGCUCUUGCUCAGUUACCACAAAAGGUGCUGUGGAGAUACAGUGGAGAAAAACCAGCGACUCUGGGUGCAAACACCAGAAUAUAUGACUGGAUUCCUCAGAAUGACCUACUGGGUCACCCCAAGACCAUAGCAUUCAUCACCCAUGGUGGCUCAAAUGGGAUUUACGAGGCCAUCUACCAUGGUGUUCCCAUGGUGGGCAUCCCCAUGUUCGCUGACCAGCCACACAACAUGGUCCACAUGAAGGCUAAGGGAGCUGCAGUUACUGUAGACCUGAACUUCAUGAAGACCGAGGACCUGAGAGAUGCAGUCAAUGCAGUCAUCAAUGAC